AUGCAUGCAAUCAAUCGUUUUGGUUUGUUUUCGAUAAAGUUUUCUAAAAAUUAUUAUUUUUUUUAUUCCAUCAAUUCUAUAACGAUGGUUGUUCUUACUACAGAUGUUAUCGUUACAUUAGCAGUUAUUGGUGUAGUUUUAAUUCUUAUACUUCUUAUUCUUUUGAUUUGUUGUCUUUGCCGAAAAUGUGAUCAAUGUGCUCGAUGGUCAAGACGAACAGCAAAUAAAAGGGAGGAAGAUACCAAAGAUCGAGAAAUAACUGAAAGUCGACGUGAAUUUGAUCAAAUUCGACAACAACAUAAUGAGAUCGGUGAUCAACUUCGUGUGAAAUAUAAUCUUAACGGUGGUGGUGGUCGCGAUGCGAAAAUUGUUACUUUUGCGUAG